AUGACCUCGAAAGCCAAUCUACCAGACGAAGUCUGGGCAUAUAUCCUGGAUUUCCUCGACUCCGUCGAUCUAGUGUCUCUUCAACUCGUGUCUCGUCGUCUUCUGACACUCGCACGCGAUAACUCGUUAUGGCGCAACAAGUGCUUCGAAAAAGCCCCAAGCGCGUCGGCCGUCAUCGCCAGCCGUGCGGGAGCUCUGGCAGACCUUACCGGUGCUCUUGGAGGUCUCUCACUUUCUGAGCCAGCCCGUGCCCCAGAUGCACGGAACACCGAAGCUUUCGCGGGAGCCAGCAAACGUGCAAGGCGAGUCGCACGGUGGGAUCAGUCUGGAGUCGGGGAAGAAGUGGAUUGGUAUUCCGAUUUCAUUGCAAGAAAUGCGCCAUUGCAUACUGUCUGGAGCGAGACGUCGAUUCACCCAGACAGCGAAAUUUGCGGCGUGGCUGUGGACGAAUCUGGUAACCAAGCGAUCGGGUGUCGCGAAGAUGGUAGCGUUGCCAUUUGGGAUAUCCGUGAGCAAUUGCCCUCAGGCAGGAGAUUCCGCCAGGUUGCACAAAGCGCUCCCGGCGUCCUUUUCCAAUCUUUGGGGAGUGGCCCCUCAUCCUCAAGCCCGCCGCGGCCUUCCUUCUCCGGUGUCGUCGAAUGUGUCAACCUUGAUUCCCUCCACAACCGAGCUUAUAUCGCGGUCGAUCGAACACUGAACGAGGUCGACCUCGGGACACUUGAGGUCAUUUCUCAGGAAUCGUACGCCUGGAAUAUAACGGCUGUGUCCCAACAAGGGGCCGGUGAACUACCCCUGUCGAUUGGUACCACCUGGAGCCUACAUCUCUACGAUCCUAGAGUGGCUCCGAGGGAUCGUUCACGGUCACCAGAGGAUCUCAUGCGGUCGGCCCCGGGCGAGCCGGAAGAUAGCAUCGCGUUUCUGCCAAACUAUACUAAGGACAAGUCGCCGACCUACCGACGUCUCCCGACCGGCCCAGCACCUACCGCGGCUCAAUUGGCGACAGCGCCUUCCUUAUUACCAGCUCACAGUACGCGUGGAAGAGUUGAACUAUCAGACUAUGCCCAUGUCGAGCCAGGACCGCUUUCCAUAUUGCACCAUGGAGCGAACGAGAUCCUUGUAGCUGGCAGAUUCCCUAGUAUACUCUCUUACGACCGCCGCUACUUCCCACGGUUGCAAUAUGUCAUGCACUCGGGUGCUCGGCUGUCAUCAAUGACCACGAUCCCAUAUGCACCAAAGGCUGCACGGAGCACAAAUGCUGAAGCCACUCUAGUUGCCUGUGGCGAAUACGGAGGCCGUGGUUCAUUGGAGCUUUACUCUCUGCCACACGAUAACCGCGAGAAGAAACAGACCUCCGGCGACUAUGGGCUUGGAGACUCUUCUCCCGAGCUAGGGGCUGCUGACCGGGACUUCGCGCUUGAUUCACACGAACAGAAUUACCCGUUCAGCUACAAGAACCGUCAGGAGGCUUCGAGCGCAAAACUUCUCUCUGUCGCUACGCAAGGUACGAGAAUCGUCUUCUCUGAUGCAGAAGGUGGGUUGAAAUGGGUUGAGCGAGAUGGCCGAGGUCUGGCAAGACGGUGGAAUAUCAACUCGUUUGUGUACAACGAGCGUGGCUUCAGUGCCAGCGGCGAACUGGUUGCGCGCAAAAUCGUCCCCCUAGGAGGCGCGGACUCUGGCCGUGGCAAGUCAGGUAACGGCGACUUGCUCAUAUACACAGGCGACAAGCUCGGCAUUGUCAGUACGAAGCCUGAAUACAUGGAUCACGCGGAGCUGGUCAAAGCAGUAGACAACUUCGAUCUUGGCGACGAGGAAGAUCGGCAGAAGGCCGAGGAAUAUUCGAAGACGAUGCGUAAAGCGCUGGAAAGGCAGGCCGAUGAGAGACGUUGGAUGUCACAGUUCAGGCUCAAAAGAGGCUUGUUCUGA